GCAUCGAUUCAGUUUAUGAUCGAAGAUAACAAUUUAUGAAUUCUGAACCCGUACUCGUACCGUAUCACUAAGAAAAAAGAAAGAAAAAUUGGGGAAAAAGCCAUCAUGGGAGAGGACGAGCCGGUGACGGUGGGCUCAUCUUCUUCAGGCAUAGACUCCUCCAAUAUUGGGUUUCAGCUUUUGAAGAAGCAGGGCUGGACACAAGGAACGGGUCUUGGUGCUUCCCAGCAGGGUAGGCUAGAGCCUGUUAAAGCUUACUUGAAGGACAACAAACGAGGCUUAGGAGCAGAUACAUCAAGAAAUAAAUUCUUUCCGGUUUCUGAAAAUUCAGAUUCUAGUGGAAACUAUGAAAAGAACAAUAGCUCCGUGCAUUUGGUUCAGGAGGAAGAAGGUAUGGGAAAAGGCAUGGUGGCUUCAAGUUGUUCAGCAAUAGCCAUCAAUCCCUCCAAUAUAGGCUUUCAGCUUUUGAAGAAACAUGGUUGGAAAGAAGGAACUGGUCUUGGGAUUUCUGAGCAGGGAAGGAUAGAGCCUGUACAAGCAUACUUGAAGAAUAAUAAACGGGGCCUGGGAGCAGAUAAAUUACAGAAGGCACUAAAUCCCCCUGAUUCUACUGCCUUGAAUCGAAAAAAUGACCAGGAGCUGCAUUCAAAAAAAGGCAAGGGACUCUCAAAGAAGAUGAAGAAAGAGCAGGAGUUAGAGAAAAGAUUGCAGGAGAGGGAAUUUGAGCGUGCCUUUUAUAGGGAGUUUUGGCCGGAUAACGUUUGAUGUAGGAAUGGCAUAAUUUCUAUUCACACUGUCUUUGCCCACCCCCGGCUUUUCAUAUUUUAGGUUUUGUACAGGGAUUUACCUUUUUCUUUUUGAUUCUUGAGUGUUAACCCUAAAAAUCUGAAGUAUAGUUCCAAUCCAAGAUUAUUUCGGAGUUCAUAGAGUUGUAUUCAACAGCAUAAGGUUGAGCCAUUGCUGAUAAAAGCAAUCAAAUAUAUUUCGUUUCAAUCA